ACAAGAGAGGCAGCAUCCAUCCUUGGAGGUUACAGAGAUGUGUUCCUCAGUGAACAUUCACAUCGGUCAAUUAGAAUUUCAUUUCAAGGAAACAAGAAAAUCAGUCUUCCUGGUAAGGGUGCAUUGCAGAUGUAAGUGGAUUGACGAAAAGGGGGAAGCGCAAAGAAGUUCACAAGUAGACGAUGAUCGGGAAAUUUGAGUGAUGUUUUCUAUUUACGAGGAGUGUUUAUAACGCGAUUCUAAUUAAAGACAUGGCGAUCCUCGAGGGACAGCUCCUUAGGUCUGUGAGCGAGAAUAAAAAGUAAGCGGCACUCUGGCAAACAACCUGAGACUUCAUGGCACACGGAGUAGUUAGCCUGUAGGGUAUACAUGGCGCAGACCUUUUAAUUGUUUUUUAAUUCUCUCCCUUCAAGUCGUUCAAGGAAGGAUCAGAAGAUGAUAGCACAUCCAGCUUACAUAUACUUCUCCUAAAACAAGAUUUUCUCAUUUUCUCUGCCGUAGUGUUUUAGCCUAAAUCUUGGAAUUAUAUGGGGCAGGACCGUGCCAAAGACUGAUUCAACCUGCGCGGUUCAACUACUUUUCUAUUAUAACUUCGGCGGAUUUACUGCAGCUUGUGAAGUUUGGAAUCAGAGACAAAAGAGGGAUCUCGUGAAACUCACUGUAGCAACAGAAGGAAAUAACUAAGUCUGAGGUAGAGAUGAGUGGACUGCGCAAGCCUGUCGUAAUGGGAUUCGUGCUGCUGAUCUGCACUACUACCUGCCAUAGCGAAGAGAGAGCGCUCUCCGCGGCUCCCACGGUGGCGAAGAACAACCAAAGCCUUCUCAGGCGGAUAGCGGACAUAGUAAAGCACGUGGAGGAGAGCUACGAUGAGAACGGGGCGGACGCAGCUUCGCAGUGGACUUCCCGGAUGGAAUCCCGGGUUGAGCCAAAGCAUUUACGCAACCUAAAAACAGAUAGCAGCGAUCAAAUUAUUGAAAUAUUUCCUAGAGAUCUCAGAAAGAAAGAAAAAUUCUUAAAACACCUCACAGGCCCUCUGUACUUCAGCCCCAAAUGCAGGAAGCAUGUAUACCGACUAUAUCAUAAUACCAGAGACUGCACAAUACCUGCAUACUUCAAAAGGUGUGCACGGCUACUCACGCGGUUAGCGGAGAGCCCAAGAUGUGCAGAAGGGUAGCUUAAAUAAAGGUGAAGCCAAACCAGAGCAGUCCACAAAAAAGAGCCCAGUAAAAGUGCCUUGGACAGUAACUGGAAAAGCAAACAAACUUAAAUAAGUCCUGUUCGCCAUUACACAUGGUGUCCUUUGGAUUACCUACCACCCAUGGAGCUCCCUGGCACCAUCAGCUGUCACUCAAGAUUUACCAAUAGACUGUACAGAAGACCAUACAGAUGAUGAAAGAAAACUAGACAAGAAACAAUGUGGCAGCAGCAACAGAUUUGAGGGUUAUUAUUGUCCUGCUGGCAGCCCAAAAUUGAACUUUCGUCCUUUAAUUCGAUUUUUUUCUAAAAGAAAACGGAUUGCUUUAUUUCCAUACAAUAUAUUUUUUUAAAUCAAGGUAUUAUUUUGUAGGUUUGCAUUUUUAGGUUAUACAUUGCUUUUGGAAAAUAUUCAGACCUCUUCACUUUCUCUAUUGCUGUUGUGUUUUGGGCUUAAUUUAUAGUUGAUUAUAUACUUUUUUUUUGCUAUAAAUCCACACUCCACAAAGAAAAUGCACAAACAAAGUUUAGUAAUUUUUGCCAGUCUAUUAGAAUAUGCAAUGUACAUAAGUAUUCAGACACUCCAAAUUGAGCACACACCUGACUAUAAGGUCCCACACAGUGCAUGUCAGAGCAAAAACCAAGCCAUGAAUAAUUGUCUCAAGGCAUAGAUCUGUGGAAGGUUGUAACCACCAAAGUUUCCUCAUAGAGCUGGUUGUCUGGUGAAACUAGAUAACAUGGCAAGAACAGCAUUUUUCUCUGGGAGGUGACCAAGAACCCAUUCGCAAUUCUAACAGAGGUUUAAAGUUUCUGCAGAGAUGGGAGAACCUGCCAGAAGGGCUACCAUUUCUGCAGUAGUCCAUCAAACAUUUUACUCCUGAGUAAAAUGCAUAUGGCAUGCUGCC